GUAAGUUGUCUGAAAGACAAAAAACCAUCCCUCUCACUGUUUAGAGAGAGAAAGUAAGCAGUGAACAGUGGACGACCUAUAGAUACAUACAAUACACGUACUUAUGUGUGUGUGUUUGGGUGUAGAGAGAGAAAGCUGAAGCAAAUGUGAUGAGAGCUGGAGGAAAAUUGCUGUAAUUGAUCUCCAUUUCAUGAAUUACCGGAAGUGCACCAAACUCAAUCAAAGCAGUCAAAGUUCAUCAACAUACAAAUGUUGCAGCGCCAGAUUAUGUUUAAGCAGCUGCAGGAACUGCAGCGGCGACAGCAGCUCCAGGAUUUAGGUGAUACCAGAAACCAGAAUUAUGUAAAUCAACUGUCAUCAUUAAGACAAGCUUCAGGGGGUCAGUUUCCACCUGCAAUUAAUGGAACACCUGUACAGGACUCCUCCCAGAUGUUUAUGGUUGGUAAUAUGCAAAUGAUGCAACAUGAUGCACCCAAUGGAUUAGUUCUUUCACAAAGUCAUAAUCCUGUGCAGCCACAGUUUGACAUAUCUUUGUAUGGAACUCAUGCUCUAAACAAUGAAAAGAAUUUAAAUCAAUAUUCUCAGUUCCAAGGGCCAUCUAGUCUUUCUGUUGAUCUGCUUACGAAGAACAAUAAUAGCCCUUUAGGAAUGGCUGCCAUGCAGCCAUUCACGAGUCAACAAUGCAAUUUCUCUUCCGACCAGAUUGGCAUGCCUGGUAAUUCAUUACAAUCCAAUCAAGAGAAGAAUUUGUUUGGUCAAGUUCCAAUAGGCGGUUUCAAUAGUGCAGUUUCAUCUGGGAGCUACACCCCUCAAGGAAUUAAGAUGCAGAGAGAUGAAUCACUUUUGGAUUCUGAGGGGAGGCAUGAAGAUGCUGGUUGGAAUGGACUUUCCCCAGGGAAAACGUCGAAUCUUAGCCUUUCACAGAAUACUGCUUCUCUUGAUCCAUUGGAACAGAAAAUCUUGUACAAUACCGACGACAACAGCUGGGAAUCAUCAUUCAGCAGAAAUAGCAAAAUGAGCACAGGAGGAUUUGAAAUUACAGUGGAACACACAUCUCACAUGGAUGCAUUGCCUUCUAUACAAAGUGGUAGCUGGAGUGCUCUAAUGCAGUCUGCCGUGGCAGAAACUUCUAGCAGUGACACAGGGAUACAAGAAGAGUGGAGUGGACUGAGCUUCCAGAAUCCAGAACCACUAAAUGACAAUCAGCCCCCGAAUUUCAUUGAUAGUGAAAAGCUGCAAAAUAAUUGGGUUGAUAGAAACCUGCAAAAUGCCACCUCCCCAAGUUCAAAGCCUGAUCAUUUCAUCCAGAAUAACAAUAUGAACUGUAGCUUCCCUAAUUUUCAGCAAUCAGGCCACCAAUAUCUUAAACAGAAAGAGGAAUAUCUCUCUGAGUCUUCUCGUGCCACCACCCAGCAGUCCCCAGGAAAUACUAGCCAGUUGACUGAUUAUAACUCUCAACAGAGGAGUUCCACAGGAGGGUUUAACACUUACGCAGGUCAUGAAUUUGGGGGCACUUUUUGGCUUCAGGGAAAUACAUCACAUCAUGUGCCUGGUGGUAGUCAGAAGCCAUAUGAUCAGGUGAACCAGCUGAAUGUUCGCAGGUUUUCAGUAGAACCAGAGAAUAUGGCUCCUGGAAAAAAUGUGGAAGCUGUGUCAACUCUAUUAGGUGCUUCUUCAGAUUGUCAUGGUGAAAGCACAAUUGCUCCGAGUGAGAGUAUGCUUGAGCUACUUAACAAGGAUGAUGAUCAAACACAUGCAAUGCAGUUGAACUCGAGAGUCUCUAUUCCCGGAGACUUGCAAUUAACUGAGACUACUGUUGCAUCUUUUGCUAAACCAUGCAACACUUCCAUGUCACCGGAUUUUGGCUUUAGACUGGGGCCUGUGGAUCCUGGGACUCCAAAGUCGUACUCAUUUUUCCCGCCCUUGUCGACGGGAAACUCAAGAGCAACAGCUGUUUCUAGUCACAAUCUGAAUGAUUACAUUAAAAAUCAACAGCCACCUCCACCAGCUCCAACUCACAUGGCUACUGAAUUCCCGGCAUACGGCGCUGCGUCCUCUCAAGAGAAUCCUGAACAGAAAAUAACCCACUCAAACGGUCCAGAAUUCCCACUUCUGGAGCAUGAGCCGGUAACUCAACCCUCUUUGACAUCAGAUAUGCUGCAGCAUGCAGGAUUUCCCGUCGGGCUACCUACCCCAUGGCCAGAUAUGGCCACUCAGCAGCAUGCAGCUUCCAUGAAAUCUUUCAAAUUCUCCUCCAAUUUGUUUCGAUCUCCUGAUUCAGCGUCUAGCAGUCUAGGUGCUGGCCCAGGGGCUGCAAAUGAGCAGUCCAAUGAGAACUGUUUCCAACAUGAAUUUAAUGUACAAGAAUUGGGUACACAUUCCGGGAAAUCAGAGUGUAGCGGACAACAACUGGAUAGGGGCUCAACUGACAUGCACGACUCAAUACUAGCAAGCAGAAGUACUCACAAGCAAGAAUAUAUGAGAAAGCACCACAUGGAAGCAGAUCCUGUUGGAUCUGGUUCAUUGAUGAAUAAUACACAGCUGCAACCUUCUAAUCAAGCAGAGGGGAGAGACAAGGAAAUAUCUACUUUUCCUUCUAGGGACAUUGGAGCCUUUCGGAAUUCUUGGAGUCACAAUUACUCUCUUCUUCAUCAAUUGCAUUCUGCAAGGAAUGCUGAAACUGAUGGUGCUAAGAGUUUCCCACCUAAAUAUGAUAAUUAUCAGCCGUUAAUUGCCAAUGCAAGGGAGCUUCUCAUGAGUGGGAAGGCAGGAGUCAAAGAUAGAGCAAAAGGCGACCUGAAUGCAAUAUCACAGCUUGGUGCAUUUCAGUCUGGGGGCAAUACCCGAUGGAACGGCUCACAAGAGGCCCAAGGAGAUCAAUCAGGCAAAACGUUGUCUACAGCUUACCAUCAGAAUCGCCAACAGAUUGAUAUGUUUUGCCAAAAUGAUAUGCAAAGUCCCGCUGGCAGUAAUAUAUCUUCCAACAUGACAUAUCAGUCGCAGGUCAGUUUGCAAAUGGCUCCAUCCUGGUUUAAGCAUUAUGGGACAUCGAAGAAUGGACAGAUGUUAUCAAUGUAUGAUCCAAAACUUGCGGUUAGUGCUGCUAAGUCAUUCCCUGAAAUGACUCGAAACUUGCAGGAAAAUAGUCUGAUUAUGCAAGUAAAUUUGGCUAGUGCUAGUCAAGGAAGCGGCUUAUGUCCUACAGCUGCCACCUCUGUAACCUGUAAACAAUUGAAAAGCAAUUGUUUGUUGCCUUCAGAUGUCACUCCUCAGAACUUGGCUGUUUCAAUACCAAAGAAACGUAAACUUCUUGCAUUUGAUAUGGUACCCUGGCACAAAGAAUUAAAUCAUGGACCACCGAGGCUCCAAGAUAUCAGCACCUCAGAGUUAGUAUGGGCACAAGCUUCAAAUAGAAGACCAGAAGAGGUAAAAGAUGAGGCGGAAAUUUUUGAAGAAUUCUUUCCAGCGGUUCGAGCAAAAAGACGGCUUAUUUGCACCACACAGCUUAUGCAGCAGGUCUUCCAACCUGGACCACCAGUUAUUCUAUGGUCAGAUGCCAGUUCAAAUUGUGAUUAUGUGGCAUAUUCUGCUGCCAGAUCAGCAUUAGGAGAUACGUGCAGCCUGACUAGUCAAUUGCCAUCUCAUACCAAUGACAUUUCACCUGAUGAGCUAAAGACGUCAAAGAGAAUGCAUACCUGCGAGUUCACAAAAGUUGUGGAAUGCUUUAUUAAUCGAGUGAAGAAGCUUGAAGGUGAUUUAUCAAGACUGGACAAAAGUUUAUCAGUUGUAGACGUCAAAGUGGAAGCACAAGACUUGGAGAAGUUCUCUAUAAUCAACCGUUUCGCAAAGUACCACAUCAGGGCCCAACCUAGCGCAGUUGAUCCUGCAUCCUCAUCUAACACAUCAAUUUUGCACAAGGCCAUCCCCCAAAAAUAUGUCUCGGCAUUUCCAAUGCCUAAGAUAGUACCAGAAGGGACAGAUUGUGUUUCGUUGUGAUCAUGGAUAAAUUAAAACCAUUCCUCCAGUCCCUCUCCAUUAUCCAAAGUACAAUCCGCAUCUGCAGAUCUGUGCUUUGCUUGACUGAUGAAAGUGGACGGGGGAGAAAAUGCUCCAUGAAACCAUGCAAGUUUGAUCAACUGAUCUUCUCGAAGUAAAGGUGGAUACUUUUACAUUUUUUGAGGAACAUAUAUAUAUAUAAUAUAUUGGUCUCUGUAUAUGUGCACGAAAGAUUUAGGACGAUGUAGGAGCAGGCCACUUACUCUGUACGGAUUUAUUAGCGAUUUGUAUGAAUGCACGUUUGCGUAUUA